AUGGAGUACUGUGGCGUUUGUCAUACAGACUUACAUGUCAAAAAUGGUGAUUUUGGUGAUAAAACUGGCGUAACCUUAGGUCACGAAGGGAUAGGUGUGGUAACCGCUAUUGGCCCAGGGGUCACUUCAUUAAAAGUGGGAGAUCGUGCCAGUGUGGCCUGGUUUUUUGAAGGCUGUGGCUACUGUGAAUAUUGCGUAACAGGCAAUGAAACGCUUUGCCGCUCAGUAAAAAAUUCAGGUUACACGGUAGACGGUGGUAUGGCUGAAGCAUGUAUUGUAACAGCCGAUUACGCAGUAAAAGUCCCUGAAGGACUUGAUCCUGCGGCUGCCAGCAGUAUAACCUGUGCCGGAGUCACUAAUUAUAAAGCUAUUAAAGUCGCAGCCGUUAAACCCGGAGAAUGAGUUGCCAUUUAUGGGCUAGGUGGCUUGGGUAAUUUGGCGCUUCAGUAUGCAAAAAAUGUCUUUAAUACCAAGGUUAUUGCUGUGGAUGUUAAUGAGGAGCAGCUUAAGCUUGCCCGUGAAAUGGGUGCUGAUUGGGUGAUUAAUGCUUGCACCGAAGAGGUGGCAAAAAUGAUCCAAAAGAAGAUUGGUAGAGCUCAUGCAGCUAUUGUUACUGCGGUGGCAAAAGAGGCUUUUAAUUCUUCAGUUGAUGCCAUUCGGGCAGGCGGACGGAUAGUUGCUGUUGGACUGCCCUCUGAGGCUAUGAAGCUUAAUAUUCCUCGUUUAGUACUCGAUGGCAUUCAGGUUAUCGGAUCCUUGGUCGGCACCCGUAACGAUCUGGCGGAGGCAUUUGCGUUUGCAGCCGAGGGAAAAGUAGUCCCAAAAGUUACCUGUCGUCCUAUAGAGGAUAUUAAUGCUAUUUUUAAUGAGAUGGAGCAGAGUAAAAUUAAAGGUCGUAUGGUUAUCGAUUUUAGAUCGCACUAA